AUGGCUUCCACCGCUAUGGAUUACGAGGCCGCCAACGGCGACCGCUACGAUGGUUCGUUUUUUCUCGAUACAGAUCGCCCCCCCAAGCACGACGAGGCGCUGACAGAUAAACGCGACACAGACGAGGCUCCUCGUUACGAGCGCGACAACCGCAGCGCCUCCCCUCGCCCUGCGCGUGAUGACGGAGACUCUGGACGUCGUCGCUCUGCUUCUCCUUCCGGCAACGGUGACCGCGACCGCGACCGUGGCGCCAAGGACGAGACUGGCUCCCGAGGUGGCGACCGUGACGAUGAUGGCGCUAUCAACCCUGGCUCCAACCUUUUCGUCACUGGCAUUCACCCCCGUUUGACCGAGCAAGAGGUCACUCGCAUGUUCGAGAAGUACGGUGAUGUCGAGAAGUGCCAGAUCAUGCGCGACCCCCACACCAAGGAGUCUCGUGGAUUCGGCUUCGUCAAGAUGGUUACCUCUGACCAGGCCGACGCUGCCAAGGAGGGCCUGCAGGGAGAGCAGAUUGAGGGACGCACCCUGAGCAUCGAGAAGGCUCGUCGUGCCCGCCCUCGCACUCCCACUCCUGGCAAAUACUUCGGCCCCCCUAAGCGUGAGGGUGGCGGCGGCGGUGGUGGCGGUGGUGGCCGUGGAGGCCGUUUCAACGAUCGCUACGACGAUCGUCGCCGCGGAGGCUACGGCGGCGGCGGCGGCUAUGGAGGCGGUGGCUACGGAGGUGGUCGCGAUGACCCCUACCGUUACCGCGGAUACGAGCGCCGUGGAGGCUACGAAGACCGUGGCGGUGGCUACGAGCGUGGCUAUCGCGAGGACCGUGGCUACGACCGCAGCUACCGUGAGGAUCGGGGCGGCGCUGGUGGCUCUGGUGGCUAUGAGAGACGCGAGCGUGGUGGUGACGACACUUACAGCAGCAGCGGUCGCGUCGAUCGCUACGGCGGCGGCGGUGGCAGCGGUGGCGGACGCGAGGACCGUGGCGACCGCUAUGCUCGCGGUGGCGAUGACCGCCGUGGCGGCGGUGCUGCCGGCUACGAGAGACGCGAGCGCACUGGUGAUGAUACCUACAGCAGCAGCCGUGACCGUCCUCCCCGCGAUGCGCCUGCCGGAGGUGCGGCUUACGCCGAUGCCCCUGCUCGCUCCGAGGGUCGUGAGGCCUAUGGAGGUUGGAAAUCCUAA